AUACACACAGCAGAAGGAGAUACUGAGCAUUGGGGUUCAUAUUUGGGAAUAAAUUUUUAUUUUCUACCUACGUCAGAUCGACAUUCCUGCUUUGAAUCUCAAAAUUUUUUUCUGUUCUGCAAUAUUUUUGAAUCUAUUUUUAAAUAUUUUUCAAUUUUUAUGUGCAUAUGCUGGCAGCAUAAUUGCAUUACAAACAACCGAAAAAGCAAAGAAAGAAGUGACGGGUCCUGCAAUCGUCUUUAAUUAAGCAAACUUUGUCAUCAUUACAAAGUGGUCUUUGCUGGAAUGAAUAUAUCUGAGUCUAGUUAUUGUCCAGAGGCCAGCGCUCAGCCCAGCCAGGUUGUGGAGUGUGGAGCAUGGGUCGCUUCGCCAUCGUCCAGCCCAAUAGGUCCUGAGCGGAGACACAGAUUUGAUCAUGAAGCAGGUGGUGGAGUGAAGGAGAAAAGAACAGGAAGCCCGGAUUCAAGCCAAGCCAGCGAAGGAAAGUGUGGGGCUGAGCCGAGGAUCCGCAGGCCCAUGAACGCCUUUAUGGUGUGGGCUAAGGAUGAACGCAAACGGCUGGCAUUGCAGAAUCCUGAUCUGCACAAUGCAGUAUUAAGCAAGAUGCUAGGCCAGUCCUGGAAGGCCCUGAGUAUGCUGGACAAACGUCCCUUCGUAGAGGAAGCCGAACGUCUUCGGCUACAACAUCUCCAUGACCAUCCUAACUACAAAUACCGCCCUCGGCGCAAAAAGCAGCCCAAAAAGAUGAAGCGAGUGGAGCCUGGCCUGCUUCUCCAUGGUUUGGGUGGAUGCUCUGGGACUGGAGAUGCCUACCCCCAGCUCCCUCAUCACUCACAUCUUCUUCCUCCUUUAAGCCAAUUCCGAGAUCUGCACUCUGGUCCUGGGGCACAGGAUCUGGAUAUCUAUGGCCUCCCUACACCUGAGAUGUCUCCUCUGGAUGUGCUGGAGGAGGGUGGAGCAGACUCUGUCUUCUUCCCCCCUCAUAUGCAUGAUGAUGGGUCGAUGGUUUCUUGGGUCAACUACCACCAACACCAACACCAACAGCAACAGCAAAGCCAAAACCACCAUGCUAACCACCAUGCCCCGAAUAUCCACCAUCUUCGUCACUCCCACCCCCACCUCAACCAGAAACUUGCACCAGGUUGCCGUUCCAUGCAGGACAAAUGCUCAGACCCUACGAACCCUCACAAUCUUUUCCCCUCCCAUUCCAGUAUAAGUCUUCCAGAACAGGCUAAGGUCCCACAACCCUCUAGUGUUUCACUUCAAAGUGUUUAUUAUGGUCAGAUUUAUGGAAACACCCCGCAACAGUCCUUUACUUCUCAACUUGGCCAACUUUCUCCCCCUCCAGAAUCUCCCACCCAAGUUCCUACUCAAUCUGCCUCCCAGGUUCCAGCACUCCCCUUGGAAACUAAUGACCACCUAGGACCUUCAGCAGAUUUCUGGAGCGAAGUGGACCAUCAGGAAUUUGAGCAAUAUUUGAGUGCCAGCAGGACUCGAGUAAACAGGAGCGCUGCAUGUGAAGAGAGUAGCACGCUGAUAUCAGCCCUGUCUGACGCCAGCAACGCUGUCUACUACAGCACCUGUAUUACUGGAUAAAGACAUGACUCUCCAGCAAAUGCGAGUUUUUAAAUCGGGUGUGUUUUUCUGUGCAUAUUAGUUUAUUUGAUCAAAUGUGUUGACCUGAUUAAAGAGAGUCAUUUCAAAUGUUGUUUAGGAAAUGUGUGUGCUUUUUUUAGAAGUUGCGGAGAUAAUACGUGUACAGUACAAACUACAGAAAGAUGUUUGUCGAUAGCUACAGUAUUCAUAUAUACCAGCAAUGUUCGUAUCAAGUGAGGCUUUAAAAGCAGGGACAAUAAGAAUGUGAAUGUUUCUUUCAUUUUCUCAGAGGGUUUUGUAUUUACAAAUUUGUUUUUAAUCUUUUGUCUAUAUAAAUGUAAAAAAUAAAAUAAAAUAAAAAAUGAUGUUUGCACUGGGUCAGAAUGUUUUCAACUGUAUGAGAAACCACUCGAAACUCUUUAAUUCUGCACUUGAUGUCUCUCAAGCAAAGAAAGUCAUGUUCAUGAAAGAGACCACAAAGUCAUCUCUGGAAUUCGGGAUCUCUUGAAGACUGUAAUUUAUUGUGUAUUUUCUUGCUGUGUUACUGAAAAGGUCAUUUAGUAUAUAUGUAUUUUAUUAAUCCUUUAUAAAUGUAUUCUGUAAUCGUCUGAGUCAGCAUUUGAGAGACAUGUUGAGUUAGUAAUAACUUUCCAGCUUUUGGUAGUAAUUAUCUUCAAAUAUAAGUGUUUUCAAUAAAAAAAAUGUCUCUCAGCCAUUAAAUCAAAACACAUAAUUGGAAACACACAGUUCAUUUCAUAGAAGCAUUUUCCCACACUGAAGAGAAAAUAUGCAUUUUAAAUUUUAUACAUGUGAAUAGUGUUUGCAUUUUUUUGUUUUGUUUUGUUUUGUUUUGUUGCAAGUUUUGUUCUUCCAAAUGCAUUUGUAUUGCACAGCCACACGGUCCACUGAGUAUUUUUCAAAAAUAAAGACUUAAAACAUAAGUGGCCUUACGAGAAUCAUUGCAUUUGUAGCACAUUUCCAGAAGAUUGUGACACAUGUUGUACCGUCUGAAUAGCCUGUAGAAGUAGAAAUGUCUGCAGCAAUUGUGUGAGAAAGGAUAUUCAUGAAGAUAAUUAAUUCCACUAAAUUCAUUUCCACCUUCUCCCUGUCUGAU